AUGUACUUACCAGUAGACAAACCUUAUUUUUAUAUGUCACCAUCAGAGUUUAAUAAUAUAGUUAGUAAUAUUCGUAGAGUACGUGUGUUGAAAGUGAAAUGUAAAGUUUUUAUGCGUAAUCCUAGAACGGCUUUUGAGACCAACGCGUCAACAAGUAAUUUGGCAACUUUAAAUCAAAAUAAAUGUAUACAACAUGCAACUGGUUUAGUUAAUUGCACUAGAGGUUUUAAUACAGUAUAUGAAUUUGCUACUGCAACUAACCCAAUGGUGCCGACAUCUUGUAAAAUAAUCGAUACUACAUUUAUGAAAAAAGUAAUAAGUGUCUAG